UAAGCCUCCGUGUGGGUACUGGCUGCGCUUCGAUUCCCGCCCGCUCUACCCCAGCGUUCAAAAAAUAGUAAAAUUAAAAAUUGAGGUGUAACAGGCUGUAGAAAGUGCACAAAACGUAUAUACGCCUCUAUGGAAUUUUACAUACGGACAUAUGAAGCCACCACCCAGAACAUUAUCAACGUUCCUUAUGCUCCCUCCAUGUCAACACUGGGAAUAAACCCAAAGGCUUGUCGUCGCCAAGUGUCGUCUUAACUUAGUCUGCACGGUCGUGAUUUCAUGUAAAUGAAAUAAUUGACUAACAUACCUGACAAGUUAGAAUGACCUCACUGUUGAUCAGGUUACUUAGGCGGUGUGCAUGCGCCAGCUGUGUAACAAGGAAAAGGAAGUCUCUGGAAAUCGGGCCAGUCGCCUGGGGGAAGCCAUGCAGCUCACAGAGGCCGGAAAGCCUUUAAUUAAGUUCAGCCACUGCAAGAAGUCCCUCUACAGCUUCAGCGUACCCCAGUGCUGCCCCCUCUGCCACCAGGACCUGGGAUCUUGGAGGCUGGAGGAAGCACCUGUCAGCAUCUCUAGCCCGUUCACCAACGGACACCAAGAAAAAUGUUCCUUCCUUCUUAGACCCACUCAAGGGACGUUUCUUAGGGACUACGACGGCAGGGCCGACCUCCACGUCGGGAUAGCCAGCACAGCGGGGGUUGUAUACAAUUACACGGCGUGCGGCGUGCAGCGGGACAAGGUAGGCUGGGAGCAGAGCGUCAGCGUCCCAUUACUGCCGCCUGGCAUGUUCGGGCUGAUGGACCAGUGGGACAAGUACCUAGAAGACUUCUCCAGCACUGGGGCCUGGCUGCCGCACAGGUAUGAAGAAGACCAGAACAACUGCUACAGUUACACUCUCACCUUCAUUAACUGCGUCCUGGCCACGGAGGGCUGGGAGCAGCUGGACAAGAAUGAAUUCACGGAGAAAUUUGUGGUCCCGAGGACAAGGCAGGCGUCUAGGUACAUCACGCUGUACCGGGCGGUGGAGGAGCAGGGCUUCUGUGUGACCCCCGGCCUGGACCCAGAGGCAGCCGCCCCGCAGGGCAGUGCUCCGUGCUGAGGGUGGCGAGGGUGGACGGCUAUGGGUCUCCCUUCUCCCAAGGUGUCGGAGGAUGAGAAACAAACAGGGUAUGCCUUCCUAUAAGUGCUUGCUACAGUGUAAGGAUUCUAAGUCAAUAAAAGUU